CGGGUGAUCUAUAACAAUAGAGGUGUGAGCUAAAACACUUGAUAAUAUAUAACACAUAUACGGUCAUUUCCACCCAGAACCUUGUUGAAGUAACAUUAUUAACCUGUACAGCAGCACUCACAGUGAAAUAACAAUGAAUAAAAUUCAUUAUGGAUUUAUAUUUACUUUUCUCAUCGAGAUAGACGGUACUUUUGUUGACCUUAAACAAAUACAAAAAGCUAUUUUGCAGUGGAAGAACCAAAAUUCAUUUAAUUUUGCCGAGAUUGGUGUAACGAGUAACGGUAUAUUUGAUUUUGGAGAUGUGAAAAAUAAAUUAUUACAAUGGAAAACACAAAAACUAUCACAAUUAUGUCCAUCUAAUGGACCACAGCUGCAGAAUUUGUUGAAUUUAGUUUGUAGCACAGCGCAACCCACUAAUGUUACUCUGAGAGAUGGAUGUAUAACAUGUUUUUCUAGAGUUACAUCUAUGCCCGAGGGACCUCAAGAGCUUAGUGCUUUAAGUGCCUGUGCUGUGCAAUAUUUUACGAACACUUCUUAUGCAAGCUGUGCCACGGCGUUAAUGGCACUGUCGACAUCUGCACUUAAUGUUCAGCCAUCGGGAUGUUACAUGGGUUAUUGCGAUUUUGUACGCUGCUUAAGAAGAGUUAAUUCUAUUAACUUGGUAACACAAUGCACCCGAGAAGCGAGGACUGGUGUAAAUAUAACUUUGGAUAGCGAUAACGUUCGAUUUUAUACUAAUGUAACGUCGUGUAUUCUUGCAAAAACGCGAUGUGGGCCUUUUAAUCCAAUUACUGGAGAACCUCAAACUCCUGGUUACACUUCAUCAGGAGUAAGAGUUAGUAAUGCCCUUCAGUUUUCUAGUACAGGUGAACUUAGGGUACUAGCUUUUUCUACAACUACACCUGUAAAAUCAUCAUUUUGUUCAACAACAUCUAAUUUAACGCAAACUAGCUGGUUAACUAACGUAUGUUAAAAUUAAGCGUGAGCAAAUGACUGAUUAAAGAUUUUUCUUAAUAAAAGUUUUAUUAUUUUGUGAAUUACUGAGUGAUCUUUGCCUUCCCGCACCUCGUGUGUUUUAUGAAAAACAACGUUUGUGUGUGUCAAUGUCACUGUCAUCAACUUUUUUGUAUUUUGAAAUGUUUACAAUUAGUUAUACUAUUUUCAUUUGAUUAAAAACCUGCUGUUAGCGAUUAAACUGAUCUUGUUUCCUGAUAUACAUCGAUAGAUAAAAAUGGGGCGAAAAGUGGUGGUAGCGGUGUGCACUCUAAAUCAAUGGGCCCUGGAUUUCGAAGGCAAUCUGAGCAGGAUACUUCAAUCAGUGCAGGAGGCGAAAGAAAUGGGGGCAUUGUAUAGAACCGGUCCUGAAUUGGAAAUAUGUGGCUAUAGCUGCGAAGAUCACUUCCAUGAACCAGAUACAUACUUGCACAGUUGGCAAGUAUUAGCAGAGCUAUUGAAAUCGUCAACAUGCAAAGAUAUGCUUAUAGACGUGGGUAUGCCUGUACAGCACAGGAAUGUAUCAUAUAACUGUCGAGUCGCGUUCCUCAAUAAGAAGAUUCUACUAAUCAGGCCUAAGAUGAUGUUGUGUGAAGACGGAAAUUAUAGGGAAACUCGAUGGUUUUCUUGUUGGACAAAGGAGAGACAAGUAGAAGAUUAUUAUCUGCCGCGGAUGAUUACCGCGAUCACGAACCAGACCACAGUACCCAUCGGUGACGCGGUCAUCGCCACAAGGGACACCUGUAUCGGCUUCGAGAUAUGCGAAGAGUUAUGGAAUCCUCAAAGCCGGCAUGUUCCCUUAAGUCUCGACGGAGUAGAAAUAAUAUCUAACGGUUCAGGCAGCUAUAUGGAACUAAGGAAGGCUUACGUCACAGUGGAUUUAGUGAAAAAUGCCACAUUUAAAAGCGGCGGAGCUUAUCUGUUUAGCAACUUGCGGGGAUGUGACGGCCAAAGGAUAUAUUUUAACGGCUGCUCGUGUGUCGCUGUUAACGGGGAAGUGGUCAGCCGGGGACUUCAGUUCGCUUUGCACGAUGUUGAAGUAGUAACCGCAACAAUAGAUUUAGAGGACAUCCGGUCGUACCGCACGCAGAUCCGUUCCAGAUCUCAUUUGGCAGCUUCUAAUCCGCCAUUUCCUAGAAUAAACGUUGACUUCGCUUUAUCUGAUGACGAGGAUAUACAUUUGACUGUGAGCCAGCCCAUAGAAUGCAAAUAUUUGACACCGGAGGAAGAAAUUGAAUUAGGUCCUGCCUGUUGGCUAUGGGACUACCUGCGGCGAUCAGGCCAGGGCGGGUUCUUCCUGCCGCUGAGUGGGGGCGUGGACUCUACCAGCACCGCCUGCAUCGUCUUCUCAAUGUGCACGCAGAUAUGUGACGCGGUACAAAAGGGAGAGAGUCAAGUAUUAUACGACGUGCGUAAGAUCCUCUGCCAGUCGGACUACACGCCCUCAGACCCCAUGGAGCUCUGUAACCGCCUGCUGGUGACCUGCUACAUGGCCUCAGAGAACUCCAGCCAGGAAACUAAGCAACGUGCUUUACAGCUUGCAAGUGAGAUCGGCAGUUAUCACUUUCCGAUAGUGAUCGACUCAGCGGUGAGCGCAGUGCUCGCCAUAUUCACCUCCGCCACCGGCCUCGUGCCCAAGUUCCGGAGCAACGGCGGCUGUCCGCGACAGAACCUCGCCCUGCAAAAUAUACAGGUGUCUCAAAUGACGAAGGACAAACGUGCGUCCAGUAUGGACCGACCAGUGAAGGCUGACCUCGGCAGUAACUCCAUCGCGUCGCUGCCCGCACCCUUCAAUAUGCGCAGAGACAGGAAAGGAGUACUUAUUUAG